UUCGAUGAUAACCAAAAAACACAUUAGCAUAGUUGGGCUCAUCUGUGUACUCCUAAGAAACAAGGAGGCAUGGGUUUUCAGGAUCUCAAAUGCUUCAAUCAUGCCCUCUUGGUCAAGAAAAUAUGGCGUUUAGUGGAACAUCCUUUCUCUUUGUUGGGUAAUGUCCUCAAAGCUUGUUACUACAAGCACACAGAUAUCCUUGAUGCUAGAAGGGGCUUUGAUCCUAGUUUUUUGUGGCGGAGUAUGUGGGGUGCCAAGGCUCUUAUCAUUGAGGGAUUAGGUUAGAGAGUUGGUCGUGGCUCAUCUAUUUGGUGCAAGACCGACAAAAGGCUGUUGCAAGAAGGUACUUUAAUUGCUCCUGUUUUCAAGUCUAAUAACCACCGGAUUAUAGAGUCAGUGAUCUCAUUGAUCAUGACACUCGUUCAUGGAAUGUGGAAAUAAUUGAUGAUGUCUUUGAUCAUGCGACAAAAGAGUUAAAUCGGGGUAUUGGCUUGGUCGGUUGGGGUCUGUGAACCAGAUGCAGUAUGCUCGGAAUUCUCUCUAUUCCUUUGGCGUGCUUGCAAAGAGUCCCUUCCGGUGAAUGUGCUUCAUUUUCAAAGGCAUAUACACUCUUCUCCUAGGUGCACUCGCUGUGAUAAUGAUGAGUCUUUUGUCAUGCUCUCUCGGAAUGUACAAGCUCCUGUAAUGUUUGGCUUACCUCCCCUUUUCACUCUCUUAUACAUGAUGCAUCCAGGGACUCCGUUGAAAAUCUCUUCUCAUGGUUAUAAACGCAUGCUACAAAGGACAAUCUACCGCUUAUAUGUGGAGCCUUUGUGGUCCUGUUGGAUUGGCUGAAACCAACAAAUCAUAGAGAAUUCUCAUUGUGAUAUUGCACAGUUGUCUAUCUCAUUAUGUAGACUGGUGUUAGAGUACAGGAGCUAUAUCCAGAAGAUCAAUACCGUGCCAAAACCAUGUGUUUAGCACUUCAAUUCAUGGAAGCCCGCUGUUGUGCACUGCAUAAAGAUCAACUUUGAUGCCAUGUGAGUAGUGGUGACACGCGUGGUCUAGGAGUGGUGCUUCGAGAUGUCGUGGUUGUAUUCUCCUUACUGGUACAAGAAAAGUGCAAGCAACCUGGACUGUGGAGCUCUCAGAGGCGAUGGUUGCUUUGUACGGGUUGAUGAUUGCUCGAAGAAUGGAUUACAAAAGAAUUCACUUGGAAGGAGAUCCUCUAAAUGUUAUCAUUGCCAUCAAGAACCAUGUGCAAGGCUUCUCACAAUUCACCCGGUGUAUGAUUGUUGUUUUGAUGUUUUAUCUUAUUUUGAUUUUGCUAUGUUUAGCUAUGUCCGUAGAGCCAGAAAUACUGUGGCUCAUAUGGUAGCUAGGUGGAAUACGGAUAUUAACUCUGAAAAAGUUUGUAAGCCCCCGUUUCCUGAGUAUCUGCAGACUCUAAAAUUAGCGAUUUGAGCUAAUUUCUA